AAGGUCAGUCUACCCUGGUAACGUCGCAAACAGUGAUCCACUUCUUCGGGGCACACACGGACACGUCAACUACACGGACACUAUCAUGAAUUCGGCGCUCAUAUUUAGUGUGCUUGUUGCCUUGGCAACUGCGGGACCUGCACGAGAGAGACGUCAGGCUAAUUGUGUCGAUUCUUUUAAAAACGUGCCCAACCCAUGCACGAACAACCCGAGCAGCCAGGUGUAUUUCCCCCACCCCAGCGACAGUUCGAAAUUCAUCCAGUGUGACAGAUACGGCCGCAUGUACAUCAUCCAGUGCCCAGAGAAUCUCCAGUACAGUGUCCUGACCUCCACCUGCCGGGGUACCAACCCUGAACCCGGCACCAUCGUUACCAAUGCUCCAGUUACUCCAGGCCAAACCGGCAUCGUUGGAGGCAACCCAUGUACCGCGGCGGCACUUUCCGCCGGACACUAUUACUUCGCUGUAGCUGGCAACCCGAGGCAGUUCAUCGAGUGCGACAUGCUAGGCAAUCCCGCCGUUCUCCCUUGCCCCGGAGGCCUCGUGUGGGACCAGGGCCGCCUCUCUUGUGUUUACAACUUCAAUGUCGGAGGCACUGGAGUUACCGUUGGUACCGGAGGAAGCGGCGGUACCGGAAGUGUGACUGUGGCACCUGGCUCUGGUACCUCUGGUACUCUCUCUAACCCCUGCACGGCCGCGACCAUUGCCGCUAACAAGCUGUUUUUCCCACACCCCGACCCCUCCAAGUUCAUCCAGUGUGACCUUUGGGGUGACCUUUUCGUGAACAAUUGCCCGGCCGGUCUCAUCUGGAACCAGUACUCCGAGACAUGCGCAUCCGCGUUCGUCAUCGUAAAUGGCGGAAAAUAAAAUGAACAUUGCUUCGUGCGCUUCUGGACAGAUACAAACGGAAACGGUUAAAAAAUUCUCGGCGCUAAAAAGAAAGCAGGACAAUGUUUCUUAAAUUGUAAAUAAGCGAAUAUCAAAACAAAUUGCAAAUGUUAACCUAGUGCAUAAUUAUUCACAGCGUUCCGUAGAAUACACGUAUUUAACUUUUGCAAUUUUAUUGUGUACACAAAGAUCUGCUUUCUAUACUAUGAAUAUAACAACGUAUUUCUAUGAUUUUUUAUGCAACCGGUGUGCACACAAUCUUUGUUAAGUGUUCUGCAACCUCAAUUCCGGACAGUUUGUUCACCCUUGAUGAAGUUAUUCAUUUUUUGCAAGAAACAUUAUUUAUCGAACAACCAGCAUGAGUGUGUGUUUUUUUUUCGAACAAUAAACAAAUGUGAAUAUUAUUUAUAUCGGUAAACUCAAUAAAUAAAUUAUCAGACAAUA